UCCCCUCGUACCCUACUGAUUUUUUCGUACACCCGUUGUAUUGUUCACCACCGAUGAUUUACACACCGGCCGGCUCAUGUUCUUACACACUUUCGGCCAACAGGAAAGAGGCGUCGCGUCAUAUAUUUUUAGACCAGCCUCCCUUCGCCAUUCAGUUUCCGACUUCUUUUCUCGUUGUCACGUCUCCGUCUCUCUUUGCGUAUACCUUUCAUCGCUUUAAGCAUUUCCUUUCCUCUUUGUUUUUUUUUGCUGUUGUUGCUGUUGUUGUUGUUUUUUUUUUUUUUUUUUUAACCUUCCCUUAGCCUCGACCUGGUCGCUCCGAGCAGAGCUCGCUCGUAUAGGGCUUGCGGUUGAUGCAGCUAAAGAAAAAGUGCCAAGUGCUUGGCAUUGCAAUACAUAUUACAUAUACGACAGUGACGCUUGUUGCUGUGCCCACGUUUGAGCUGCUGCGCGAGAGUGCGGUUGAUGCGUGUGUCUGCGAGUGGUGCGGGUGAAAGUCGGCGAUUCAGCUGGACCGAGACCUUGACCGUGAAAACAAGCGAGCUGAAUGAACUGUGAAUUACAAUAAAAAUGACGCUUCUUUGGCGAAUCAUAUUGGUGAUUUUAUGUCCUCUCGUGACUUAUCAGCACUCGCUGCCUUCCCUGCCCAGUUACAUCGGAGCAGUCGUCGAAUACACGCCGGUAACUAAAAAAUCCGAAGAUGGACGAAGCCCCGGGGACGCCAAUGCUGACAAUUACCUAAAAUUUAUCAAGAAAGCCAAAGAACGCUUGGUGGACAUAAUAGUUUUUCCCGAGUCAAGUCUAUCACUUCCAUCAUCGGAUAACAAAACAAUAGCCCGAAGCGAGGCUGCCUCCUACAUUCCGGAUCCAAAGGACAACGUCGUGCCGUGCCAUCAGAAGCAGGAUGAUCCAAAAAAAUUCGCAAGUUCCUUGGCCAAGUUGUCGUGUGGAGCCCUGGACUAUCAAAUGUACGUAGUGAUAAACCACCGAGAAAAAGUUGACUGCCAAGCAAACACCGACGGCUGCCCGGCUGAUGGGUUCCUGAUCUACAACACCCACGUGACCUUCGAUCGGAAGGGCCGGGUUAUAUCGCGGUACCGCAAGUAUAACCUCUUCGGUGAGUUGGGCACCAACAGGACCGCGUGGGCUGAGCCCACUGUCUUCGAUACGGACUUUGGAGUGCGGUUUGGCCAGUUCAUCUGCUUCGACAUACUCUUCGAAUCACCGGCGGUGAAUCUCACUCGUGACCUUGGGGUCACUGACAUCGUCUACUCGGUUCACUGGUACUCUGAAUUGCCCUACGCAUUUAAUAAUGAGGUCCAGGCUGCCUGGGCUUACGCUACCGAUACGAACUUUCUUGUCUCUGGGCAUAACAAUCCGGUUACUGGGAGUGGAGGAAGUGGCAUCUUCAUCGGCCGCCAAGGCCACGCGCACACGGUCUCGAGGGACCUACCGGCCAACGUCCUCGUAGUGUCGGAGAUCCCCAAGAAAAUCAACGGGAAGCGAACCCUCGCGAUCGACCGCAGCAAGCUGUACACCUACGAGUUCGACAGAUCGGAAAUCUCGACGUCGCCCGAAGCCACGGCCCAGCCCAGCGGCCACUAUUUCUACCGAACGACUGACCUGUCCAACUACACGUCCGAACUGAUCGUGACUCCCGAAAAAAACGAUGAGACCCACUACAGCAAGCGCCUGUGCAACCACGGCCUGUGCUGCGAUUUCGAGCUUAGGGUUGGCUUCAGCAAGUCCAUCUUCGAGCCUGGCAGCGCGUACUACAGAUACCGAUUAGUUGCCUUCAACGACCAGAUGUCGUUUGCCGGUCGAGGCUCCGGUCGGACGCAGAUCUGCGGGGUAAUCGCCUGCCUGAACGAGACGAUCGACAGCUGCGGUCGGCUCCUGGAGCCAAGCGAGAAAAUGGCCCUGCCCAUAAAGUUGGAGGUGGACAUUAAGGUGCCAAUCAACAGAGACGAGAGGACUGUGUUCCUGCCGGUGACGCUCCAGAGGUCGGGGCCCGUGAGUUCGCCGCUGCCGCUCAACGUCUCGGAAUUCAAGUUUGUCGAGGAUAACGAGCGAGUGGAGAUGGGACUGCGGAAGGCUAGGGAUGACCUGUUGACUUUCGUCGUUAUCGGGAGGAAUUUCGGGAGGAACGGCGCGGCUGGUUUGCCGAUCUUUUCGGUGGUCAUUGUCCUGAUGGUCCUUGCUUCACUGGUGCUCGCGUACUGAAGAUGGACAUUGGUUAAUGGUUUUUUGAGUGUGGUAGUUUUAAAUGUCAAAUUUUAUUUUUUAGUUAUAAUAUAUACCCAAGAAAAUCCCUUCAUUGUAUCCUAAAUUGGAAAUCUUAAUUGUUAACCCCAUUUAAAAAUUAAUUUGGUUUUUUUAUUUUACUUAAAGUUAUUAAAUUAUUAUUGUUAAAAAUUACUAAAAUCUUAUUGUAUAGAGUUAAAACUAUCUACUCGAUUUUUUUAGGCAUUUGUAACGUCAAAAAUAUUAAAACUCUCCAACAGUGAAAAAAAAACAACAGUAAACAAUACAAACUAGAAUUGCAAUCAAAUUUGUGUGUAGGUCAGUUUAUAAUAACGAGAAUACAUAUCAGUUAAAAGUAGGUAAUUUUAUAAUUAAUGAUUACGAGUUAAGUACAUAUAAAAAAUAUAUUUAUGUACACUCAAUCGUAUUAGUGCAAAGACUAUUGUCUGGAAUUAAUGAAAAUCGAUCUUACAGUUUAUUGUUGUAUUCCAAUAAAGGAGAUUAUUGUGGUACGCACAUCAGUAAGCCUCAGAAAUGAGUCUCAACAUUAUACUUUUAAUACCUUCUAGUUAUCUUGUACAAAACGUUUGAAAAAGUCAGUACAAAGAUUGUCUAACGUACACACGUAAAAACUAAGAGAAAAAAAAUGAAUCUAUAAAUAAAUAACAUGUGUCAAAAUUACGAACCAAAAUUGACUUUUGUAUUGACCAGUAUCAAUAUGUAUACAAUAUUCGAAUAAUAUACGUACGCAAUAUUAUCGAGUUUGAGUCAAUAAAUCUUAAAUUUUUCAAAUACUAUAAAGCCAGGCCUUGUCAUAUAUUGAUACAUUAAAUUUAUAGUGAUAAAAUAAGAGUCUCAUAAUUUAUAGAAUUUCGGAUAUGUCACGAUGAUCCCAUUUACUUUUUGUCGCUAUUGUUGUACUUACGUUGUUUCCAAUAAAAAAAAAAAAAAAAAAAA